AUGGCAUUUGCCAGUAUUAAUUCAACGGGCGCGCCCAUCGCCGCCAUCGAGGAGGCAUUCGCGACGGAACCCUCGUUGAAAAAGCGAGUCUACGAUGCGAUCGGCCAAACACCACACCACAAACCUUUGUUCGAAGAUCUUGCCAAAUACACCUCCAGCCUGCUGGCCAGGACUGCCAACACUAGCCUCCCUUCGCGGCCCCCGGCCGCUGAUGGCCCUGCCGCCAAAAAGCGCAAGCUUCAGAAUGGAGACUCAGGGGAGACUGCGCAGGCGUCAGUUGACCUGAAAGAUCCCAAUGCGCCAGUCCAGUUCUACGUCCAGGAUGUUUCGUUCUCUACACCACAGAGGAAGAAGCUCACGCUCGAGAUUACUGCCGGGCAUGCGUAUCUUCGGGCAAGAAAUCAGGCUACGAAGGAGAUUGAAUUCGGUGUCUCAAUGGAUCAGAUUCGACAUGCUCUCUGUCUUCCUGUGCCGGAAAAGACACAAAAGCAGUUCAAUUUCUGUAUCAUUCCCGAGUAUGCUGAUGGCAUCACACCACCGCCCGAAGGAACAACAGCCUCUGAAGCUAUGGUGUUUACGAUAGCUGAUGGGCCAGCCAAGACUGCAUUCUCAGGAGACGGGAAGCAGAUUGGCCACGGUGCUGGAGAAACGGCCGAGGGAUUGAUCCGGCAGAUUCUGAACGAGAACAUGCCUCACGCCAAUGUUGUGCGCCCCGAUGAGAAACAGUUUGUCAGUGCUAUGCCUGAGGCGCACCGAAAGGGCGAAAAAGCAUACCAUGUCAAGGCAUUCCGUGGCAGCAAAGAAGGCUAUCUGUUCCUUCUCUCCACAGGUAUCUUAUUUGCAUUCAAGAAACCGCUUUUGUUCUUUUCGUUCGCUACUGUUGACUCUGUGUCAUAUACAUCUGUUCUCCAGCGCACCUUCAACCUGAAUGUCAUGGCUCGCCCAGCCAAUGGCUCCGAGGAAGACAUUCAAGAAUUUGAAUUCUCGAUGAUUGACCAGGAUAAUUUUUCCGGUAUCGAUACCUACAUCAAACGACAUGGUCUCCAGGAUGCCAGUCUCGCGGAGGCACGGCGCGCCAAGGUCUAUAAUGUCAAUAAAACUGGAGAGGACGCCGCAGUACCCGCCGAUGGAGCCGCUGAAGAUGAAAGCGAGCUCCAGAAAGCCCAGCGGGAGCUUGAAGAUCAAGAGGAUGAAGAAGAAGAGGACUACGAUCCCGGCAGUGACGACAGUGAAGGCAGCGGGUCCAGCAGUGAAGAUGACGAUGAUGAGGACGACGAUGGACAAGACAGUGAUGAGGAGAUGGACCUUGUCAAAGACGAGCUCGGGAGUGAAGCCGAGGAUGUUCCUGCAGAUAACUAG